AUGGAGAAGUUCAGUGGAGAAGUGGUGAUCAUUACAGUUGGAGAUCUAUCAAAGUUUGAAGGAUUGAAACCCGUGAUUGAUAUAACAGUUAGCAAGUUUUCCAUCCAAUUUCCAAUUGAUAUCUUGAUAAACAACGCGGGUCGCCUGGAACAUUGUCCAAUUUCUGAACUCCAGCUUGAUUUAUUUAAAGAUUUGUUUGCAAUUCUUGUUCGUGCACCUGUUUUUCUUUGUAAAUAUGCAUUGCCUCACCUUAAAGAGACAAAAGGUUGCGUGGUCAAUGUGUCAAGUACAGCAAGUCUCAAAACAUUUCCUUUGACAUUCAAUGUGUCGUAUGAAAUGUUUAAGGCAGCGUUAGACAAUUUCACAAGAGGAUUUUCAGCAGAAUGUGCUUCAUAUGGCGUUCGUGUUAACAGCAUCAAUCCAGGUGUUGUGAAAACGAGACUUGUUGAAAAUUCAAAAUACACAAAAGAGCAAUUUGAGAAGAUUAUGGAAAAUUUCAGUAAAAUUCACAAGCUUGGAUUUAUGAAACCAGAAACUAUAGCUGAUGGAAUAGUAUUUUUAUGUUCUUCGUCUCAUAUUACUGGUAUAAUGAUGCCGGUAGACUCCGGAUCUUUGAACGCUUGAAACUAACUCAUUUUCAAGUAGCAAAUAAAUACAUACCAUGUAUUAAAUAAAAUAAUAAUUCCCAGUUUGUCUGCUUUUUACCAAGUUAGAACGACAUUCUGUGUUUUAUAUCAGCAGGAACUUUCUCUACUGAU